AGGUGCUGGUAUGUGUCUCCUGUAUUUCUGGUCAGUCUACGCUCGGACUGGAGCUGGCAGCAGGAGCUAGGCUGAACCUGUGGAGGGCAGUGCUGCUCUCAGAUCAGCUUUAAACUCACCAAACAAGCUCUUCCCCCGGACUCCGGAUAUAUCAACCAUUCAGGUCUGUCAUAUGACAACAACCCGGACCCAGUGUCUGCUGGACUGCUGGUUCAGGAGGCUGUAAAUGGACCGAUCAUGAGCCCACAAUAGGAGCAUGGAGAAUGAUGAAUUUCCGCCAGCGGAUGGGAUGGAUUGGAGUGGGACUGUACUUGCUGGCUAGCAUUGCUGCAGUCUACUAUAUGUUUGAGAUUAACCAGACAUACAACCGACUCACUCUGGCACAUGUAGAGAAGGUGACUGGAACACACACACCCUGGACCGGAGACUCUGCAUCUCCCUCUUCUUCUGCAACCUCUUGGACACAGAGUGUGAAGACCAGACUGUUGCUGCUGCCCUUCUGGGUUUGGGCCACCAUCUUCCUUAUUCCUUAUCUCCAAGUGUUCCUUUUUCUCUACUCAUGCACCAGAGCAGACCCCAAGACUGUGGGUUAUUGCAUCCUGCCCAUCUGCCUGGCUGUUCUCUGUAACCGACACCAGACAUUUGCCAAGGCCUCCAAUCAGAUCAGCAGGCUUCAGCUAAUUGACACCUAGUGGAGCCGGUUGCUGGUCAGGAUGAGGGGCAGGUCCUCGAUCACCAUGCCCUUAUGGGUCCCAGAUGGCUAGAGGAGCCAGAUGUGUAUACAUGUGUAUACGACUUUUGUGCACUUGAUAAAUAUCAGUCUUGAUUAAUUUUGCAGGAAAGUGAUCAUAAGACCAAUUACAGAGGGAAUCUGCUGAUUUUUCCUAAAUUUGUGCAUAGCUCUAGCUAUAAGAUGUAAGCAAGGUGAUUCUGAGUGGUUUGUUGUGAAAUAACCAGUUCUAGAGAAACGUACCCAAAGUCAGAAUGAUUCACAGCGGUGGCGAUGGGAGUAAGAAAUUCAGAAUGUUUAGAUAGAGUUGGAAAUGAGGGUGGAGAGGUACAUUUAGUGCAAAAUUAUUCCAAAAGAGAAUAUAUUUGAAUAUCAUAAACAUCACAUAUAAAACUCUCACAAGUGCAGGUUCACUAAUUGUUUUGGUUUUUGGAUAAUUUAUAUUUUAUACUUUGACCUUUGACUCAGUAUGUUUCCUUACAAUAAACCACUUCACAACAAAACACUCAAAAUGACUUUGUUUACAACUCAGUGACUGAAUUAUAUAGACAUUGAAAAGACCAUGGAAUUCCAGUUUAAUAUCAAGUUUGUACUUAUUAUUUUUAAUAAGAUGUUAGCCUAAUGUUGCGAAGGCAUUCUUUUAAUCACCUUAAAUGUAAAAUUUAUUACGAAAACAGAUUUGUAGCUUUUUAAAAAAAUGAUCAGACCUGGCAGGGUGGUACUUUUGAAAUCCUGCUUCAGAAACAAUGGCGUUACAAUGACAAAUGUGACUCGGUGACUCACUUACACAGCUGAUUUGAUCUUAUUUUAGCCCUGGUACCUUCAGUGUUUCCCCCCCAUUAAAAACAUCACUGUAGUUCCACACCAGUGGCUGGCUGCUUCUUGCUAAAAGACUUAAAUCAAGUUAGGAUGUGUGUUCUGGUGUUGAGCCUGUUGUAAGAAGACAAGCAAAAGUAUUACAAAGUUUCACAACAUUUAAGUUUGUUUUAAAUCUUCAUUGUUUUUGAAAAAACGUACCAUCAAACCACAUGCUGCUGUUAUACAGUUUCAAGUUUUGGUGUGUUUGGGUAGGUUUUGAAUGUUCAUUCUGCAGAAUUUAGCAGUAGCAACACUUUUAAAAUACAUUUUUUAAGUAAACCAGAAAUAAAACCUUAGUCUAGUGUCCUAAACAAGUGUUUCCAUGAUGCAAAUCAGUUAUGCUACUUGCCAGCUAAUAUAUAUAUAUUUUUUUUUUAUAUGACUCCAGACACAAUUUGACUACAAGAUGCAUAUAAUAAAAAGUUGUUGGUAUAAGGCCACCUUUCAUAAAAAAAAUGCUUUUGUAACAAUCAGUUUAAGAACAUUUUUCAUGUCUGAAUUUUAUGUCCAAGUAUGAUGAUAAAUGAUCCUGGAUCUUUGCUUCAAUAGAUUUUGUUGUCUGUGAUAAUCAUCUUUUAAAGCACUGAAUGGGAGAAGGAAUGUCUGAAACUUCAAAGUAUGAACCUUUUAAAUGAUGGUUGAGCGGCUAUUUUGUGUUCUAUCAGUUGCACAUACAGCUUCAUUAGCUUGCCUCUUCUGAAAUGCAAUGUACCCAUAUCUUAUUUUAUCCUGUAUUUGAAAUUACAGUGGCCCACGUUGGUUUAGUAUUUCAAGACAACUUCAUGUUAAUUUAUAACAGGAUUCAGGACAAUGUGUGCAUUAAUGUUAGAGAACAGCCAAUAUUCAGCGCAUGUCAUUCAUGUUUUAGACCUGUUGUGUCACAAUUAUCUAGUAAUUUAAUUUGCUUAAUUCCACGAGUUGCUCUUUAAAUGCAUUAUUAUACCCUCUUUGCUCGGUUAGGCUUGUGCCGAAGAUCCAGGGUUAAAGUCUUAAAUACACUGCUUAUUAGUAGUAGAGACAUGCAUUUCAUUGUUCAAAAUGUAUGGAUGGAUUCAUUCAUUGGUAAACCACCCGGAAUAGGGCAGCGGUGUUCGUAAUGUUUUUGUUUAAAAGGGCUUGUAUGUGUUUUUAUAAUGAAUGGAUAUUUAUGCUGGGGUACUAGUGAUUUACUUGCCUUUUUAAUCUCAAUGCACUGUGAUUUAAAAUAAGAAACGAACCCUAAUAAAUGUAUUGGGGAACAUG